CGGCCCCCUUCUCCGGCCCGGGCCGCCGGAGAGUCAGUUUGCUGCUGCCCGCGGUCCCCAGCCUCGACUCGCGGGAUGGCGCACGCGGCCCCGCCGGGCGCGCUGGAGCAGAGCGGCCCCAUCCGCGUGGAGCACGACCGCCAACGCCGCCAGUUCUCCGUGCGCCUCAACGGAUGUCAUGACCGGGCUGUCUUGCUGUACGAGUAUGUGGGCAAGCGGAUCGUGGACCUGCAGCACACAGAGGUCCCAGAUGCUUACCGUGGGCGUGGCAUUGCCAAGCACCUGGCCAAGGCCGCCCUGGACUUCGUGGUGGAGGAAGACCUAAAGGCCCACCUCACCUGCUGGUACAUCCAGAAGUACGUCAAGGAGAACCCCCUGCCACAGUACCUGGAGCGCCUACAGCCGUGACCCUGGCCACUGCGUGCAGGAGUGCACCCUGUGGGCCUUCUACGUGGGCCUCAGCCAGCUCAUGUGCUCUCAGGAACCUGUUCCCAUCGGGACAGGCUCAGAGUUAUUUUUGCAAGGACACUCAUCUGCAGCCCUCAUCCAGGAUUCUGGGGACCAGCUGCUGCCUGAGGAUGUGUGGAAAUCCAGAGUGGGAUGAAGGGCAGGCUAAGUGGCCAAGAGCCCCUUCUCCCAGAGUUCCUCUGGAUUUGCUGAGGUCCUCCUUCCACCAGCUGCACCUCCCAUCUGGCCCGGCUACUAGGUCCCUGCUCUGAUCAGCAAGAAGGUGAGGUAGAGACCCUGCCACCUCCUGAAGUUGUGUCCUUCCUGCAAAUGAGAGUGUUCCUGGAGCCAAGAAGAACAACAGGAACCCUAUGUGCCAGCUUCCCAAGGUGGAGGUGCCAAGCCUUAGCCACUGCCAGUGCUAACCCUUUCUCUUUCUCAGACUUCUGUGCCCUGGCACAGGCAGUGGAAUGGCAGCGAAGGGCAGCCAUUCCUGGCAUGUAAGAAAGCAGUGGCUACAGCUCUGGCCCGGGCCCGUCUGUGGGCAUGCACACCAACACAUGAGCACAGGAGACAGGCCAAGUGACAGUCAAUGUCUUCCUCUCCUUGGUACCCACACUUUUUGGUUCUCGUGUGCAAGAAAACAAGGUCCCUACUGGCUGUCUGCCUUCCCAUGGAUUCAGCUCAGCAGCUUGGUGGUGCUCUGCCCUCAGCCUGCUCUGGCCUUUGGCUGCUGUACUUGCCAGGCCUUUCUUGAGGGUCACUUUGGAGACAGGUGAGACAGUGGCACACAAAAUCCAUUUUGUAUCCUCUCUUGUACUCCUGACCAUCUCGCCACUGCUGCUUAGGCCACACCAUACAUCUGUGCACAAACACCUUCCCACUCUGCAGGAGUACCGGAAUCUACCAGGAGGCUGUGCAUCCUGGCUGGGGAGUCCUUAAGUGCAGCACCCUUGAGCCUCACCACUGCAGUCACGGGCAUGGAUCCUUACAGUCCCCACCCUCAGCAUCUCCCUACCUCUUGCAUCCCUGGCUCUUACCCUGUUCUUGAUGCUCCUUUUCCAGUCUCCUAAAAUUCCAGGAUAACCCAGCAUACCCCUCCUGCCCCCUUCCCUCACUACCCCAUUUGUCUGCUAGGGCCUCUUUUCAGGGUCCAGAGAAACCGCUGGGCCUCUAGGAAGACGUUGCUGACAAUUUUCUGCCAGCUGUGGUGGCAGUGGGUCCCCAACACAGUACUUGAAUGAGGGUCCCGAGUAUGUGGACCCAAGAAGAGUGGCUGGGCUUCCUCGGUGGGCUUGUUCAAGUUCCUGCAGCGUGGUCUCAGCGUCCUCACUGCCUUGGCAGCCUUAAAGUCACACUGGCCACGCCCCGGAAGCUUACAGUCUUGCAGUGUAGCAAUAACCAUAUCUCUGCCUCUUCCUCCUGGCCAAUAUGCCCACCUGGGCCACUCUGGUGCUAUCCCAUCUGCCUUUUCCCCACCCCCAAACCCUGCUCCACAUCCCAGAUCGCUCCAGGAGCCCAUAGGCAGGCACUGGUCACUCUAGGCUUCAUGUUCUUCAGUACGUCUGUGCUGUGGUCAGAUUUCCCCCUGGGGUUUCUUUUCCUUGCCCAGUCUCUACACAGGCAGUAACUCAUGUGCCUUUCCUACUCUGAACCUGCCACCAGUAGUAUCUGGGCCAAGGCUGGUCUUGGGACCUGCAGCCCCCUCACUUUUCUGACUUUUGAACACAUCACAUGAUCCUGUUGGUGAGUGACAAACUACUAAGGCACAGUGAGGUCAGGGAGCCCCAGAGUGAAGGGCUGGGGAAGACAGGUUGUGUAGGAGGGGCCUUCCCUGGUGUCCAGCCUAUUUCUUGGUCCUCAGCAUUACUGCACAGUGGCACCGCUCCUGUUCAGGGGGAGCCUGUGCUCUGAGGCCGUCGUGUCCUGACAGGUCUCCCAGCACAAUAGUAGCAAUUACCGGGAUCCCAGCCCAGGUCUGGACACCUUCGUCAUCUGCAUCCCUACUCGACAUUACCUGAACCCCAUCGUUUUCCUCGUAGGGGCCACAACUCACUGUUGGGCAACAGCUUUACAGGGGUUCCUAGAAGAGGUUAUGGCGCCACACUGGCCUCUGACACGGGCUGCUCCUCGCUCUGGAGCCGGUCAUUUGGGGAUCCCUGACUGAAAAUUGGCAAACACAGGAGCAGUGCACGUUUUCCAAAACAAGGGCACAGGAAACCUGCUCAUGCCAGCUCUUACACGAGACCGCCCACAAGAGCCUGGGUAGCGGCCAUCCUGAGUGCAGGCGAAGCAGUUGCAGACCCUUGUGGUCUAUCCCCCUUUAAUUCUCAUGGAAAUCCCAGGAGACGUCAGUUACGGGCCUGUGCGCAGGGACCAGGUCAGCCACCAGCCUGCAACCCACACAGCCAGACCGUCCAGGAGCCAAAACAAGUCCCUGCCCUGUGGUCAGAGGUCUGCUUUGGAUGACAAGUGACGUCAGUAAUAGAUAAACUUCCUAGCCAUUCCCUUAUUCCCUUGAAGGGCUGAUCUAAGGCUCUCUUAAAUUACAAGGUACAUGGCCAGCUUCUAGCAGUCCAGCUUGUGAACGGGAACACCCCCUUGGAGCACCUGGCCACUCACCUGUUAUUCCUCAGAUCAGGACUUGGGCUGGUUCGAGUCCUCCCACACGUCCUUUUACUAGUCUCAGGGUCCUGCUUCCAGCUCAGUGCCCUAAGUUUCAUAUAGGAGAUCCUGUGAGGCUGUGAAUUGAGCCUUUAGCUGCGGCCGCCAGGAUCACAUUUAGGGGUUUCAGCUGUGUCCUAUGGCUUCAAGAUUAAUAUUAAAGAUGCUUUUCUGGUUAUCAA